GUUCUGUUGUUUUGGUGCUUGCUGCAAGAGAUCGUGUCAGUACCGGUGGUUCCUGCGGUGCGGUCCGACCAAGCGAUGUGCAACUCUUUCCGAUAUUCGGUGGUACUGCAACGUGCGCCUUCUACGAUCAGCGUGUGAUGCAAGUGUUGUGUUUGCGGGAUUAAAAAACGGGAUAAUGGCAUGCUUGGAGCUACUUGAGGACUAUUUUCGAACAGCAGAGUCUUAGUAAUGUCCAGCUUCACCAGGAUGAAAAGAAUUUUUUUAGAUGGUCUAAUAUGGCUCUUCCUCUUACAAUAUGGAUUUACGGCGCUAUCACUUGAACCAGGAUUUCUGGAUUUCGACAAUUUACCGGACACGAACUUCUCAUGUCACGGCAAAGUGAUCGGUGGAUAUUAUGCGGAUGUGGAGACCAAUUGUCAGAUGUUUCACGUUUGCACUAAAGGACAAGCUGGAGAAAACAUGGACAUUCGGUUUCUGUGCUUGAACGGCACCGUUUUCGACCAGGAAACUCGCGUCUGUGAACGGAUUGACGAGGUGGACUGCUCAAAAUCCGAACAAUUCUACAGCCUGAACUUGGAACUGUAUCAACAUUCUGGGCAAAAUUCCGAAGAUAUCCCCGAAGUUUCCCAAGAGACUGAAGCUCCGACGAAAUCGACCACCACAUCGACCACAACCACAACGAAAAACCCGACAACUUCGCAAUAUUUCACCACUGCCAGACCAGUGGCGGCUACGGCUGCUUCCAACAGUCCCCAAGCAGUUUCCGGCCAUCAUUUUCCGGUGAACGCCCCGGAUAUCCGCUUCAACCCGGAAGAGAUUAAUAUCAGUUUAAACCCCGGAGCUCCUCCGGAUAUACGGACGAAACAUUUCCAACUUCCGCAAGGUUUUAGUGACGAUAGUAGUGAAGUGAGUCACGGCGAUGAACACGAACGCGAGCGCCUAAGCGCCUCCACAUCUCCUAAAUCCAUUUACGCCAUAGAUAGUGAUAGUGAUAAGUUACCUCAGAAUAGUGAUUACCUCGAAGAGAACUUCCGAAGCACUGAGCGACAGCCGCAGUUUUUAAUCCAAACCAACAGCUUCCGGCACAGUCAGAGCUUUCCGCCCAACUCCCAUCAGUAUCAUCAUCCACAGUUCCACUCGACCACGGUGAAGCAUUCGGGAAACUUCCCCAGGCAGACCACCAGUCGCACGAUUUAUUUGCACUCACUAAAGCCUCCCCAGGUUCACCAGCAUCACCACUACACCCACCAUCCCAGGACGGAAAAAACCCCACAGCGAGUGCAAAUCCCCAUUCCCCUCCUACCAACCCUGCCACCUCUUACCUUUAGCUCCCCAGCUCCUUUCACUCUCCAGCAUCACAUCGACAGCAAGAGAUACACAAAGGAGCACCAAUCGCCUCCCAGGAUCAUAAUCAGCGCCAGCGCCAGCGUGAGCGAUGCCAGCGGGAGGAGGCUGAACUACUCGCUUGGCACAAUCGGGGCGGCGCAGAUUCUGGACACGCCCCCUUCGUCCUACGACGAAUACAAGGACGGCGACGUGGGGCUGGAUCCUUUCUAUCACGACGUGCCCAAAAUACAGGAAAGAAAGCGAAGGAAGCGCAGCACUGACGAGAAUCCAAUCAAUCCGUUCGAAAUAAUCAAAAACGAAAAGGAGGCUGUCGAGGUGCUCAAGUUUCUCUACACCUGGUAUCAGAGCCAUCAGGCGACAGCCACUGUUCCUCCUCCAACCAGCCCGGUUUCUUCCGACCUGAUCCAGACAAUCAACAACGAACUGGCGCCCCGAAUAGAAGAAAUCGGUCUCAACCCAGAGAGCAGUGAGAUUCACUCAACCAGCUCCAAAGAAGCCACAAGUACAGAGUCCAUGAAACCCCACUACGGAGAACUUUUCAAGAAAGGAGGCAGGUUCAGCUUAGUAGGCGGAUACAGAAACGAACCAGUUUUCAAUGGGGAAAACCACAAGAAACUGGCAGAAAGAAUGGACGUUGGCGACAAAACCCGGAACUCCGAUAUCAUCGUCAAAGACUUCAAAGAGCUGCCGUUUAGCACGCACGAUUACGUGGAUGAUAACUACGAAGGCGUGACUUACAGGCAAAGUGCGAACAGUCAGGAAGUCCAGCCCAAAAAAGACAAACCUUUAGACCUCAACCUACCCCAACUGGUAAAAAACACUCCAAACCACACCAAUCCUGAGCGUGAAUUCGAAGCAACCAAGGAACCUGGUAGGGAAGAAGUAGGGGACGCCCCUGAAACAACAGCUCCUUUCCCAGCGGGAUUUGCAGACACUGAAGAAACCUCAACUGAUCAAACCAGGCACUUUACAGAUCGGAGUUCUGCAGACCUUCUGUACAAAUACCUGCAACUGACCCCAGAAACCAGUUCAACAUCACCAAAAGAACACCAGAAUGUCACGGAAACCAGUGGAAAAGUGACCAAACACACAGAGAUCAACGUGCUUUCAGAAACUCGAGAGGCUGAGCCAAAUAAAGCAACAUCCUCCACCAGUGUUUCACCUCCAAGACGUCAAGGAGGCAGAAGGAGAGGAGGAAUCAAACAAAAACAACUCGAUAGCUACCAAGCUGCUAGCUACAAUGUCCCCAACUCCUCUGCUCAAAGAGAGGCGCAAAACUACAUUUCAACUCCUCCAAAUAAACCGUCUGCCCGAAGAGGGAGGAAUAGAGGACGGUCUCGCUUUGCUACCAGCACAUCAACCACUGAGCUUUCCCCAGCAGUUUCAACCAGCAGCUGGUUGAUCCAUUUUGAGGAAACAUCCGCACUUCGCAUGGAGGAAACAACCGUUGCUUCUGCGGUUGAAAACUCCACCACUGAGGCUCCGCUUCCGGAAGCUACAAAUCCCAUACUCCAAGAGCGCGAGGCAACCGUCGUUACUGAGGCCGCAACUUUUGUAACUCCCAGCUCAACGCAGGAGGCCACUGAUUUUAUUCCCUUCUCUAAUACCAUCACCACUGACUCCUCCACAGAUCCUUUGAGCACUACAGAGGAAAAUGCACGGGAGGCAGUUUCGGAAUUGAACCCUCCAGCUCCGACGGCGUCUUAUCUGAUAGAGCUGCUGAAACAUUUUGCUCAGAGCGAUGAUUCUGCCAUUUACGCCCCCUUUACUACUGAGGCCCCCACUUCGUAUGAUCCUCUAACGGAGACUCUGAUGAGUAGCUUGCCAUCUUUCGUCACUCCCAAGCCUGAAAGGCGAAGAAGUCGCCAUCGGCAUUCUUCAAAGGUUAGCACGACUCAAUUGCCCACGCUCAGAGACAUUUCCAGGAAAAAUUCGCCCUUGAUUAGCAGCAAAAAUGAAUCCGAAAGCAAAUCCAAAGCUGACUUGCUGGACAAGCUUUCGGCUAUUGAAAAGCAUUUGAUUGAGGGAGAUUUACCGACAACAAUUGGGGCUCCUGUGGUGAUCUCUGAAGAAACGCCCAGCACGGAAAUGCCGGAAACAAGCACAGUUUUCCAGGAAUUAGCUCAGUUCCAUAUUGAUGCAAAGAACUACUAUGAUGAUGUUUUUGUGGUUCCAGAAUCAACCACCAGAAACUCUUCUGAGCCCCAAGAGGAGUUGAAGUUGACUGAAAGUACUACAGAAGCUGCUGCAACUGAAGGAAUCAGCUCAGAACUAAACCCAGAUGAAGCAACGACUAAAAUGUAUUUGGAUUUAGGCGAACUCGCAACCACCCUCCUGCCUGAUGUGGAAAUCCAAAAGUCCAUAUCCCUGCCUGUAUCGGUUCUGGAUGUUCCCUACCCCAUAAAUGAUGCCCACAGCAUCAACGGUCUGUUUUCCAACGAGGAAACUUCAACUUCUACCAGUAUUCCUUCUGAAUGGCCUUCAUCAACAACUACAUUGCCUUUUGCUGUUACAACCGAAGUUUUGCCUGAUCCUACUGAGUAUCCGCCCUCUGACCCCCCAAUGAGGCAAGUUCAUGACAAUUCCACUGAAAUAAUCUUCGUCAAAACCGACCAAUCCUUGGAUAAUCCCAGGGCAGUAAAUUCUAGUCACUUGUACCAAGUGGUGUUGGAAAGCAGCUCAGAACAGCCCAGCACCACUACAAGUGGGGAGCAUUUCACGCAAAAAUCUCGACCUUUACACAGAAGGCCUCACUCCCACUCGAAAACAGAGUAUGGAAGGCACCGAUUCAACACUGAGCUCUUGAGUAAAAACCCCAGCUUUACUGUUGCACCUCUUCAUCGGAGCGUCUCCCCUACUAAACCUCGCGCACUGAAGAAGGUUCUUCUCCACACCACUCCGCUUUCUUCCAAAAGUCCCCGACCUCCCAAAGUGAGCAGUCGAUAUGUGUUUAAUUGCUUCGGAAAGGAGACGAACCGAUUCUACGCCGAUCCUCGCGACUGUAGGCUGUUCCACUACUGCACCAACGGCUACAGCAAGAACCAACUAUUAGACUUGAAAUACGUAUGUGAUCAAAAGACUUUCUUUGAUGAGGACAGAGUGAUCUGCACCAAGGUGAAGCCGGCUAGGUGUGUGUAAAUAGGGAAACGUCUGGUUGUGCACAGGCCCAGUGCAGAUUCUGUCUGAAAGUGAAUGAACUAUUUGAUUCUUUAACCCUCUUUUGUGUUUUUGUAUAAAUCGAUUUUCUACUAUUUUUUACCAGAACGACUAGACUAGCCUGCUAAGCAAUGCUUUUAACUUUUGUAAAAUUGUUAUCAAAUACUCAUAGUUUAAUAUAUUUAAUA